CACUAGAUUUUUGGUACUUUUAACAGAUCCUUUUCGGUUUUGCGUUGCGCGAAGUGAUCUGAACUUAUCAAAGUUUGUAAGGUAAUACAUAAAGUGAAAAAGAAUUAAUUUGCUCUUGAAAGGCAGGCCAAAUUAAAAAAAAAAUAUCAAUAUGUCUGACGACUGGGAUGAUGAGCCCAUUGUUGAUACUCGCGGCGCCCGCGGUGGAGAUUGGAGCGAUGAUGAGGACACGGCCAAGAGCUUCAGCGGCGAAGCUGAAGGCGAUGGUGUUGGAGGGAGCGGUGGUGAAGGCGGCGGCUACCAAGGAGGAAAUCGAGAUGUGUUCGGAAGGAUCGGCGGAGGCAGAGGAGGAGGAGCUGGAGGUUAUCGAGGAGGAAAUCGAGAUGGAGGGGGCUUCCACGGUGGACGUCGCGAGGGAGAAAGGGACUUCCGCGGUGGAGAAGGCGGCUUCCGCGGUGGACAAGGCGGCUCCCGCGGUGGACAAGGCGGCUCCCGCGGGGGACAAGGCGGCUUCCGUGGUGGAGAAGGCGGCUUCCGCGGUCGGCUGUACGAAAACGAGGAUGCUAAGGAACUGCCGCCGAUCCCAUCUAGCUGCGAUAAGGAUGAGGUGGGCGCAUUCAUCGAUCAGCUGGACUUGAGCAAGUACACGACCAGCCUAGCACUGAUUCGAAAAUUGCGUGACUACUUGCUGACUGCAUUUAAGGCUUUGGUGAACCAAGCAUGGGCUUCUCUCGAGAAAUUAGCUCAAGAAAAGCGUGCACAAAAGGCACAUCAGAUACGCGAAACAACAGAUAUGAUGAAUCGCCUUAUGGAGGACAUGGGCCGAUUGAUUCGUGAAGGUGAACAUGAGGAAGCAAAUGGGAUUGGGAUGGGAUUUCAAAGCAUUGAUGCGGAUUGCAGAGCUGAUUUGUCGCAAUGGAGGAAUUUACAGCAAGUUGUGAUGCCGCAAUCUUCGGAGAUCAGAGAUGGACAAACAAACAGGACAAGCGGUACUGAGGGCGGUCGAUCAGGAGGUUUAACCGAUGGCGAUGACUUAACCGAAAUACAAAGCGCCGCAUACGCCGUGUAUCAUCAGGUUUUGGAUCGAGGUUACCAAACGGGUCGACGGCUGUAUGAUGAUAAUCAAGGAGCAUUGAGAGAAGAUUCUAUUCCAACAGAAGACCGAGAACACCCAGAAAAUAAUCAAGUGGAUGGAUCAACAUAUGGAGUGACUAGAUUUCUGCACUGGCUAAGUGAGAACUUUGUCACUCGGCAUGAAAUAAGGGCCGUACGUUUUGGCAGUCCGCAUAUGGUUUUUCAAUCUUAUGACUGGCCAGAGUCUCCAAAGCAGCACAUUUCGACGGUCCAUCAAAAAGGCAUAUUUUAUUCUCAGCCCUUAAUUAGGACACGCAUAAUAGCCACUGUUGCGAGCGAGCCAAACAAUUCGAGUAGUGGUCAGCUCAGCAGUAUGGUAAACUUGGCACGACAUCAGCGGUCGCAAAAUCAGGAAACGCCAGAUGGAAUUUACGUUAGUCGCUACAAUGCAACUGGAGAUGAGGAGACUCCCUGCUCCGCAACCGGAGUCCCCGGCAGAGUUGUGGCUCUGCGUGCUUCGAGCACCCCAAAUGAACAUAGGAGCGAUCCAGGCUUGUCUUUUAUACCCAAUUUGACUUACGAAGAUGGGACCAUACCAUCAUUGGCAGCAGGCGGCGCUGCAUCGACACCGUUGGCUCCAUCACUGCCAGCAGAGCAUUCAUUGGGGUUAGAAAUGGAUAGCAACACUUUGGUGGUACCAGCUGAUGCGGAUGAAACCCGCUUAGUCGGACAUCCAGGAUCAACAGUGGUUCGUUCUCGGCUUGGAGGCCCUCCAGCAUCAACACCUUUACUAUCAUUCCGACCUAGACUGCCGGUCAUUGACGAAGAGCAUCAUCUACGCUUUACCAGGGUGUCACGCGAGCUGCAAAUGAGUGUUGCUUUCCCGCCGGAAGAGACAACACUAAGCGAGCAACGUGAGUGGGGCUCGAUUUUCCGACCACGUGAUGAAAUGGUUAACUAUGCCGAAGGUCCACCUCCUCGCCAAACACAAAGGGCGCGUCGUCGCUCGCGUACACGCAGACGACGUAAUCGUAUCGCUUCAGCUGCCAGCCCGCAACUAACACCGGAACGAAUUGUCCGUCGCGAGGAAGCCUUCCAAAGCAGCCGACAUAUUGCAGCCACUUUUAUGUCCAGCUUGCUACAAAAUGCAGCUGGAGAAGUGACGACGUCUUCAGGUCUGGCAGUAACCCGUUCAGUGAAAGAAAUAACGACAUCAGUCCAUAUCACCCGAAAUGUACUACAAGAGGAGGUACCACCGACCACAGAAGCAACGACGACCUCCCUAGAAGUUGCACAGGCAACAGGGUAUUCGGAUUCUGGGGCUUGUAUGCAAUCUGCAGCGUUCUCUCAAGAUCUUCCUGUAGUAGCUCCCUUGGAGAUAUCUGGAAAUGCAUCAAGUGACCAAGCAUCAUUUGAUCAAGCUUUGGCCUUACUGCCUCCCAUAAAUUCCACUCCAAUAGGUCAGCAUCCAAUUGCUGUUUUCGGACCUAAAACCGAAAUUGAAAUUAAACCCCAAAAAAUGGACAUCUCUAAUAUGAUGAAUACAUCGGUUCCACCAAUGCCAAUGGAAGUCGACGAAGUUCCACUGGAGGUAUCAAACACUUUGGCCAAUAUGAGCGAUCACGCUUAUGUGACUGAUAUACAGAUACUACCGUCGUUGCAACUCAAUUCUUUGAAUCUUGUUAGCACCAAUAUUACAGACAAUGCAGUAAAUAUCGCCCCAUCGACAUCAACAAAUGAUUUGCAAACGCCAAGUGACCGCAGAACAUCAAUGCAAAAUCAACUAUAUCGAGUGUCCAUGAACGAUUUGGCAUAUAUUUCACAACACGCUAAUGUGGUUCGUCUGAUGGUAGAUCGUCAAGAGGAACUAGGGGCACAGGUCAGCUCCCUGGGGCCUUUUAAGGAAAAUAGCCAAGGCGCGCUAAAUUUUAGUACAAUGCCCGCUGUCAAAGUCUACGAUCCACGUAUAAUUCAGAACAUUCAGAAGGAUAAGAUGAGAGUAGUUCAUGGGCUCUUCGGUGCUCUUAUCAGACAGUCCCAGGUUGAUAUGCACAAUGCACCAUUCAUCCGAAAUCGCAAGGAUGCGUUGAUGGCAUAUCGCUUUUUACUCGAGCUUAAGACUGCAAAUAUUAUAAGUCUUAGCUCGGAUGGUAGAUUUUUCGGGCUGCUCUAAUCAAAUAAAAAGCAUUUUAAUUUUAAAAAUACAAAAAAAAUUUAAUAUUAGUUUGCUUAAAUAAUUUAAUAAAGUUGAACGUGGUAUUAG